AUGAGUGCUAGUAUGUUACCGCCACCUCCGAAGACUGAGCACAGCAAGGACGAUGAUUAUCUUAGACAACAAUGGGCCAAUCAUCUAAACACCCAGUAUGAGAAUUAUGAGGCAGCCAAAGCUGGAGAAGACGCCGUUGUAGAGAGGAUUGUGGUUAGAGCCGGCAACGGCAGAAACACAAACAAAGAAGAGAUUGAAAAAACUUAUGAAAUCAUCAGACGUCGUGUCGAUCCAACUUCUCUCAAGGCGACCGUUGAACAGGAAUACAUAGUGGCUGAAGCUCAGAAGUGCUUCCAUAAGUGGGGAGUAACCAAGCCCAGAGAAGCUUGGGGUUUUCAGCACGAGGCAUCUGUAGGACAAAAAACUCUCAUUGAUGAUAUUGUUAGCAGGUACGGCGAAAAAUAUAAGGAGCUGUCUGCUAUUGGAAGCGUUUAUCUGCUGUACAAGAGGCCUUUUCCUGAAGCCGAAGAUUUUUUAGUGCGUAAAUGGAUGAGCUUUUGGGAAAGCGGCUUCAGCCUCGAAUUGGAACGUCGUAAGAAACGCGAUCAGGUAGUAGAGGAUAUCACGUACUGUUUCGGUGUCGUCAGGAAUGAGGCGGAUAUCAAAAGAUGGUAUUUAGAACACGCGAAGGCAGAAGGGUUCACAAACUACCCCGUAAAACCCCAUCCGCUCGUUGAUGCACGUCGCCUCUAG